AUGGCACCUCAAGGCCGCUCGUCGGCCUCUCUGGUCGUGCUCGCGGCUGCGCUGCUCGAGGCGGCGUCUGCCUUCCCAGCACAUUUGAAACCGAGAGCAGCGGCGGCUCCGUUUGCGCCGAUUGACCCUCAGAACUGGGUCAAUCCGGACAACAUGACUUGGGACGACUUUGUUGCUCCACCGAGCACAUCUUGGAGUGACCCUGCGCGCAAAGGGAGGGACCGCAACUUCAACAUCGCCAUGGUCGCUGUCGACUAUCCUGACAGUCCGUUUGUUGUCACCUUGGCCGCCAACUCUGAUAUCUUCGGCAACCCGCAGCCGCUCGCCGCUGGCCUGAAGCGCGAGGACGUUCCCAACUUCUACCACGACCUGCUGAACGUGCCGAACGAGCUCAAUGAGGGCCACACUCUGCACGAGUACUGGAUGGGCGACUCAUUCGGCAAGUACGGUGUGGAUUUGACAGUCUUCGGGCCCUACCGCAUGCCAGCCAAGAGCUAUCAGUACGGUAUCGAUGACGAAGAAGGUGGAUUCAACGAAGAUGCCUGCCCCGAGGGCCCACCAUGCUCGGUGGACCUUCGAACAGACGCGCUCGGCGCAUGGCGUAGUGAUGUUGGCAAUGCGACAGCUGAUGCAUACGAACUGGCUUUCAUCCUUUCUGCGGGACAGGAUGAGUCGUCGACGUGGCAAGAGUUUGGAGAGAUGAAAUUCCUGAGCAAGGAGGACGUUCCUGAGGAGUUUGGACCGCCAGCCAACAGCUCGCUCCCCAACCACGCCAACACUCGCUAUGUUGAAUGGACUUCGUGGGCUGCAGCUUCCACCAUCUGGCCCAACGCUGGCGGAGGCUCCUCCACUCAGGGUGAAUCGAGUGGUAUGGCUACCUUUGCGCACGAGCUGUCUCAUCUCCUCGGCAUCGGCGACAACUACAACAACCCCUACAGCGUCCCUCCUCGCCGCGCGUACACUGGACCGUUCAGCAUGCUGGAUCGCGGAUCCUUCAACGGCCCCGGCGGCCCUCACACACGCUGGCAAAUUCCUCCUGUGCAGGGCGCAUCCAUGGGGUCCCUCCACACGAUGCGCGACAAGCACCAGAUCGGGCUGAUCGACAACACACCCGUGUUGCAAGUGUCGCGCUCUGGGCUUGCGACGUCUGGUCCGGUGGUGGCUGAGAUUACUGCGCGCUCCGUCGAUCCCGGCAGCGGCCUCAUGGGCCUGAACAUCACCUUCGGCGGCUCUGGCGACCUGGCACGCGCAUGCAACACGUCUCUCGACGCGCUCUGCGACGGCGGCGGGUACAACAACUACAACAUCGAAGUGGUCGACCGGAUGGGCGCCGACUCCUUCUGCCCCGACUCCGGGGUCAUGAUCAGCAAGACCAAGAACAGCGACCGCACGCAGCCAUUCCAGUGGGUCAUCGACGCCAACCCACAAGACGCACACGUUGUGGACUUUUACCUGCCCAACGGCACGGCACGGUACUGGAGCAUCGGUGAUUACAGACAGCUAGUCGACGCGCUGUUCCACGCCGGCACAAACUCGGGCAGUGCGUUUGAGCACGUCGACGAGGCGAAUGGCUUGCACUUGUACGUGCUGGAUAUCAACAGAGAUGCAUCUGGGACCUUGAAGUACACGGUUGGCGUUCGCUCGACCAACGACACUCUGACGGCCAAACACGACGUCAAGCUGCGCCAGGGCACCGUAUCUGGUACCUCGUCGUCAGAGGGCACCGUAUCUGGUACCUCGUCGUCAGAGGGCGUGUGGUGCACGUUCCAGCUCGACAACACGGGCACGGCUGGCGCCAACACCACGAGCGCCCACCCUCAGGACCUGUCUGCGUUCCUUGGGUCGGACAUUUUUCGUAUCGAUGCGGACGUCGAGGGAGAGGGCUGGGAGGUUGGUGUGCCUAAUGCCGUUGCGCACGCCAAGUUUGGUGCGAGCACGCACGUCAAGGUCGCUGUGCGCAGCGGGUAUGGAGCCGUGGACACGGCCACGGUGAAGCUGACUGUGACGAGUGAGAGCGACCCCAGGGUCAGGGCGCAGGAGAGCUGCAAGGUGCAGGCUUAG